CAACAUCAGAUUCAGUUUCACAUCCUCUAACUAUCUCACACAUAUAUCCUUAUAAACUGUGUCCACAUUUCUCCACUCUUCUUUGUCCUGUAACGCCUCCACUUUUUCCUCCUUAAUUUCUCUCUUUUUCUCACACCAAAAAUUCCCUUGUUAUUCAUCCAAAAAAAAUACUACCUCUUUCUUGAUUAUUUUGAUCCAACAAAAUCUUGAAAAUUUUCUUGUUUUUCUAAGUUUUGAGACAAAAAAUAUGGGGAAAGGUGGUAACUUGAGUGAAGGGGUUGUGAAAAAAAUCUUGCUUUCAUAUACUUAUGUUGCUAUUUGGAUUUUCCUUUCAUUCACUGUGAUUGUGUACAACAAGUACAUCUUGGAUCGUAAGUUGUAUAAUUGGCCUUAUCCAAUAUCACUAACAAUAAUUCACAUGGCUUUUUGUUCAUCAUUGGCUUAUCUUCUUGUACGUGUGUUCAAAGUUGUUGAACCUGUUACUAUGACAAUAGAUCUUUACUGCAAAUCUGUUGUACCUAUUGGUCUUUUAUAUGCAUUUUCACUAUGGUUAUCAAAUUCUGCAUAUAUAUAUUUAUCUGUGUCUUUUAUUCAAAUGCUUAAAGCUUUGAUGCCUGUUGCUGUUUAUUCCAUUGGUGUUAUGUUCAAGAAAGAGAAUUUUAAAUCUGAUACUAUGGCUAAUAUGGUGUCGAUUUCGAUUGGUGUUGCUAUUGCUGCUUAUGGUGAAGCUAAAUUUGAUACAUGGGGUGUUAUGUUACAGCUUGGUGCUGUAGCUUUUGAGGCUACUAGAUUGGUUAUGAUUCAGAUUCUUUUAACAUCAAAGGGUAUAACGUUUAAUCCGAUUACUUCGCUCUAUUAUGUCGCGCCUUGUUGUUUGGUUUUCUUGUUCAUUCCGUGGAUUUUCGUGGAAUACCCUUUGUUGAAGGAUACUUCUAGUUUCCAUUUGGAUUGGUUGAUCUUUGGUACUAAUUCGUUCUGCGCGUUCGCGUUGAAUCUUGCUGUGUUUUUGCUCGUUGGGAAGACGUCUGCCUUGACUAUGAAUGUUGCUGGUGUGGUUAAGGAUUGGUUGUUGAUCGCAUUUUCUUGGUCCGUGAUUAAGGAUACUGUUACCGCUGUGAAUUUGGUUGGAUAUGGAUUGGCUUUCUUAGGCGUGGCGUAUUACAACCAUGCCAAAUUGCAGGCUCUUAAGGCGAACGAAGCACAGAAGAAAGCUGCACAGGCUGCUGAUGAGGAGGCUGGAAGAUUGUUGGAGGAAAGAGAAGGGGAGAAUAAUGGUGCUAAGAAGAAUGAAUCUCAGAAUUAAGUUGGUUAUUGAUUUACUUCAUAUUAUCAGUAAGUAGGAUAACAUUCGGACAAUAGAGGUAAACCUGAAGAUCAGACUAUUGGCAUCCUUGUGCGGAUGAUUUUAGGUUCUGUUUUGGGUAUAAAAUGUUUUACAUUAUCUGUUUUGAGGAUCUUAAAUUAGUUUUAUUGCUUGUAUUACCAGAUCGUUCAUGUACUUGAGCAUGACUCGAGGCACUAUUAUGUUUAUUUUGACAGAAUAGUAAUACCAGAAGAGCUUUUUUCCGAUGAAA